UGGUUAAUAAAUAUAAGUUGGUGUAGAAAUUAGGGUAUUUGGUAGUGAAGGGAGAUUUUGAUUUUUCAUGGCAAUUCCAAGCUUGGUUAGAGCAGCAUUCGUGUUGGGAGUGGUUGUUGUUGCUGCUGCCACUGCAGCCAGUGUUGAACUUGCAAUUACCACUGAUCACUAUAUUCUCAAAGGGAAGGUCCUUUGCCUUGACUGCCAUGCCUCUUAUGAUCUUUCUGGGAUCGUUGUGAUGGCGAAGUGCGAAAAGGUUGGGAAGGUAGUUACAGCAACGACGGCCGUAGAUGGGGGUUUCGAGGCCGAGCUGCCUUCAGAUGAGUGCGAGGCCAGGCUCGCCGGCGGUCGGAACCAGCUCUACGCCUCCAGAAAAGACAUAGUGGCAGGAAUCGUGAAAGGCGUCGGUGGGUCCGAUGAAAUCUAUGGCAUCUCCACUCCGUUGGCGUUUUGCAGUUCUUGCCGGUGCAGAUCGAUCGGCGCCAGUAGUACUGAAGCCGAGAAAUACUGCAAAGCCGACGCCGGGAAGUUUGGAUCGUCAAAGACCUUCAACCUCCCUCUGCCACCGGAGUGGGGAAUGGCCCCUUCUAGCUAUUACUUUCCUUUCUUCCCUAUCAUUGGCAUCCCUUAAAUAAUAUAAUUUACAUUAAUUUCUUUGUUUUUCUAGUAGUGUGUUGUUGAUAAAAUGAUAUAUAGAUAUAUGUAUGUGUGUGUUUAUGGUAAUUAAACUUUAAUGUUAAGUUAGUUUGAAGUUUAAAACAUUUCAAUUAGCUAAACUUUAAUAUGGUUUUUUAUAGUUUGGUGUCUUUGUCUUCAAAUAUUUGUUUGUAGUAUAAUAGUAAAGAGGGGAUUCGUACUAUAAGUUUUUCUAACCAAA